AUGUCGCAAUCCACAAAUGUCAAGACUUCUGUGCUCGGACCAGACAGAUUUCGGAACAGACAGGUAUUGCAUGGAGGGAGCUCGGGGGAUGCGAGGUUCACUGACAAGGGGCCAUUGAAUGCCAGAGUCCUUGCGCAUCGUAAUGCCGUUGCAGCUUGUGCAACAGCUCCUAGCAAGAAGCCGAAGAUAGCGGACUCUGUUGAGGUGGGUGCAGCGGAGGAAGCAACACUGCGGCGAAACUGCCUGGUUGACUGGAUGGAGAUGUCAGUGCAUGUCACUCCUGGCCAGCGGUCUCGACGAGCAGCUCCCCAAGGCUUUCAAGAACAGUAUACCUCCGUUGUGCGGCACUACCUGACCAGUGUGUCUCUGAAGCGCAAAGGUACAGUGGGUCGGAAGCAGCUGCAGGCCGGGUGGGAUGGUGAUGAGAAGCCGCUGCUCGUUCAGGUGCAGCAGGCCUGUGAAAGCACGGAAGGCAUGCUGCUGAUGGUGCAAGUCGCCGAGGGUUCACCUGCUCGUGGCAUUGCUGAGGGGUCCCUGAUGAGGAUCUUGCUCCAUCAGCGGCAUCCAGCUCUGCAGUCUCUAAUGCCACAUGCUGGCAGUUGGAUCCAGGUGAUCAAAUUCAACAUGCUCCAGGCUGAAGGUCCUCGCGGUGCUUUGUUGCUGCCAGUAGAGCUUGCGACAGCACCCGACAUGCGAAAUGAAGCGUGA